AUGCGUUCCACUUCGCGGGAGAACUGCACGAUCGUCACCACCAUCAACGCCGCCGGCGCCGUGUUGGCCCCUACCAUCAUCUUCAAAGGGCAGCGUUUCAACGGAGAUUGGAUCGUGGAUCAGGACGGCCCGCCGGGUGCGACUUACACCUGCACGGAGUCGUCCUUCAUGUGUGGUGACGUGUUCAUCAAGUACAUCAUGGACUUCCACGAGCAGCUGCGCAAGCGCAACUUGCUCGAUGGAAAACCCCAUGUGCUCGUGCUGGAUGGGCACGCGUCGCACGUGAGCUUGGAAGUCGUGGAGUUGGCCAGGUCCCUCAACAUCCACCUCGUCCAGCUGCCCUCCCACAUGUCCCACAUCACCCAGCCCCUGGACGUCGCUGGCUUCGGGUGCUUCAAGAAGGAGCUGACCAAGGCGAUCCAGGCCUUCCCGGCGACACACGGAGGGGCGUUGCCGCGGAAGCGGGACAUGGCCUCCGUGAUCGGGCAAGCGUGGAGCACGAGCUUUACGCCGGACAUCAACAAAGCUUCCUUCGCCGGGGCGGGCCUUUGGCCGGUGGACAAGGAACGGGCACUCAGUCGGCUGCUGAAACCCAAGAGGAAGGAGAGGGAAACCGACCGCCCUCCCCUGCAAGACGUCCCCAUCGCCGUGAGCAACGAUCGGCUGGAGGAAUUGCUGGGCGAACGCGCCGUCCGCAAGCUCCUGGGGGAAGGCCACACCCUCACGGGACUCCGCGUGAGCACGGUGUUUCUCGGCGACUACCUGCCCAGCAAGCGAUCCAAGAAGCCGCCAACGCGGGCGAACUUGGGCAUUCCAGAGGGAGGACUUCCCAUUUGUGACGGGUGGUUGGCGGAGAUGAAGAAGAAACAAAACGAAGCCGAGGCUGCCGAGGCCGCCAAGGCGGCAAAGGCCGCGGCGAGGCAAACGGCACGGGACGCGAAGGCGGCGGCGGCGGCGGCGGCGGCGGCGAGGAACGGCGGGCGGGGACGGGGGCAAGGGCAGGGCAGAGGGCGGGGCCAGGGAAGGGGGCGGGGGGGGCGGGCGAGAAGAGGAGAGUAGGAGGGACGAGCGAACCGAGACAGGGAGGGAGGAAGGGGGGGGGCGAGGUGUUGGUGUUGUUCAAGGGGGGCGAGGGGGGCGUGGGCUGGGCGCGCGGGUGGGCGGGCGCACUGUUGGUGGCCGCGGCGAGGGCACGGGGGGGCAUGGGCGGGGAGGUGGUCCUAGCCGCGGUGGAACAGGGGCGGAAGGAGCGGGAGGGGCGGGAGGGGCGGGAGGGUCAGGAAUCACCGGGGGUCAGCCGCCGGCGGCGUCCGUAUCGCGACCGGGACGAACCCGCACGCCGAUACCUGUAGUGGAUGUCUAGGUUUCUUCGGGGAGGUGGGGGUUGUAUUGUUGUGCAGAGAACCACAUGGUAUCGGGCUAAAGUUAGCUCUGAAUGGCUUGAAAUUUGUGUGUGGAACUGAUUUCGAACUGUUGAGUGUUCAGUACGGGUCACGAGGGUGCUUCAGGUAACGUGGUUGUCAAACAGCACGUCGAGGGGGAGGCGGGAAUGGCUGGCGGACAACUUGUGGACAAACCCGGGGAUGCUGUACUUUUGUCCCCUGGGCUAUGUGUUUUUUUUUUUUGUUAUCCAACGUGUUUUCUGCAACCUUCAAUACGUUUCUCUGAAACGGCGUCACCCGGGGGGUUAAUAUGGGUGAAAAAUAGUUGCUUCAACAUGUGGCACGGUUUUGACGGAAGUUGCUGCCGUACAAGCCAAAAAGGGGGCAAAAGUGCCCAUGUUUGGACAGGCAUAUUACCAUCCAUAGGCAUCCGUUUAACGUUAUUUUUUUUUGUGACUCAGAACAGGAUGCGUCUGCAGCGUAGCUUGUGCACACACCCCCACAAGCGCCGCGUUGGGGUAUGCAUGGCGAGUUAUACAAGGCACGUUAGGGCCGCAGCCUGGCUGGGAGCAACUCUCUUCACCCUCGCUGCUCUCGCAAGCGCGAUUCCUGGGCGCUCUGCACGCAAAUUACACGACCUCGCGCUUCAUCACCACCGCCAGCUUCUUCCGACCCA